ACCACGCCCACAGCGCAGAUUAUUGUGUCAGGUAGAGAAACACAGUCCAGCUUUGACCCCCGAAGCCCCAUUUUCUGGAUUUACUAUCCGGACACAGCCUUCCACAGGUCUUAAGCGGGUCUGAGGGGACGUGGUCCGGUUUAGGGCGGAUUUGACCCGGUUUGGAGGCGGUUUGAACCGCCGGGAAAGAAAGAAAAGGGGAAAGUUUGAUUCUUCAGCUUCGGUUCACGUCUCUGCCUUGCGUUCGUCAUGUUCAGGUAGAGAUUGACUCCGAAGCGGCCACCAUGCGGAAGCAUCUGGACAGGAUCCGGUUCCGGGGCCAGAGACGGGACGAGUUCCAGGAUCUGGCCGAGUCCCCCAACACAUCAGACACAGAAGGCACAGAGGAGAUCUUGAUCAAACCUCGAGUCUCAAUUAGAGAUUCAGAGGAGCUGAGGGAGGCUGAGGGAGAGCAGCAGAGUGAUGCUCAGGCUGGUCCAGGUUCAUUUACUGCAGCUCUCCAAGAUGACUCAAGGACAGAUCUCAACGAGGUCAAAGGUCACCUAGAAAUUGCCUUGUUAGAGAAACACUUCUUACAGGAGGAGCUGAGGAAACUUAAGGAGGAGUCCAACGUGGAUUCACUGAGACAGGAGCUGGAGAAGGAGCGCAGCAGAAACAGCGAGUUGGAGCAGAAGAUCAAUGACAUCUUGAGAUCCAGCCUUGAAGACUCACCUUCUCAGUCGCCUAAAGUCCCACCCACACAACCACCGCCACCUGCAGUCAGCAGUACAGAGAAACAGAAAGACACCCUGUCUGACAGCUUCCUGAAAUGGCUUUAUGAUCGCUUUGGUGUUUAUAUCGAGGACUUUCGCUUCCAACCGGAGGAUCAGACGGUGGAGACGGAGGAGCCGCUGAGUGCCAAGAGGUUGACUGAAAACAUGAGACGGCUCAAACGAGGAUUCAAACCUGUGACCAAUUUCAAGAGAAACCUUUCUGCCUUAUCCAGCUGGUACUCCGUCUACACGUCAGCCAUCGCCUUCAUUGUCUACAUGUAUGCAGCAUGGCACGGCUGGGUCAUCCCGAUGUUCCUGUUCCUCGCCAUCCUCCGCCUCUCCUUGAAUUACCUCAUCGCCAGAGGCUGGAGGAUCCAGUGGAGCAUCGUACCUGAAGUCUCGGAGCCCAUGGAGCCUCCUAAAGAAGACCUGACUGUGUCAGAGAAGUUUCAGCUGGUUCUGGACGUCGCUCAGAAAGCUCAGAAUCUGUUUGGAAAGAUGUCGAACAUCCUGGAGAAAAUAAAGAAUCUGUUCAUGUGGGUUCAGCCGGAGUUGACCCAGAAGCUGUAUGUUGGACUGUGGGUGGCCUUCAUCUCCUCCUGCCUGCUGCCGUACAAACUUCUGGGAUUCAUUAUAGCUGUGUACGCAGGUAUAAAGUUCUUCAUCAUCGACUUCAUCUUUAAGAGUUGUCCUAAGCUGAGGCAACGCUACGACACGCCCUUCAUCAUCUGGACCAAUUUACCCACCGACCUGCAGCUGAAGGAGCGCAGCAACACCACGCUGAGCAGGCGGAGCAAAUGUUGUAGUGUCUUCGACAACGCUGCAGGCAUGAAACGCAUCACACAGACAGAAGCAGAAGGAGAAUCUUUGAUCAGCUGGAGAGUUGAGGCAGAGAGGCAGCAUUUUAUACUUUUAAGUUAUUAUCUACUGGACCUCAUGUUGAUGGAAAGUCAGGUUCCUGCUGCGGUUGGUCGAGGCAGCUUCGGGGCUGCUGCUCCUCUGGGUGUCAGCCGGGAUGAUGAUGACAGACGAUUGUACAGCACUAAGAGAGGAGCUUUCCACGAAGUCUUCAACCUGCCGGAGAGUGAGCCCCCUCUGACAGACAGCAGCAGAUUUAACCUGAAGUCUCCUGAUCCUCAUCUUGAGACUUUGUGCGAGAACGGCUGGCGCUGCUGCCUCAUCAACAGAGACCGGAAGACACCGACAGACUACAUCCGCAAUGGAUACCUCUACGUCACUGAGAAUCAUCUGUGUUUCGAGAGCUCGAGCUCCAGGUCUGGAUCCUCCAAGAGGAACAAAGUCAUCAAACUCUCGGAAAUUACUGACAUACAGAAGUACAAAGUUUUGUCUGUGCUUCCUGGAUCUGGGAUGGGGAUCUCCAUAGCGACGCCAUCCACUCAAAAGCCGAUGGUGUUCGGCGCGAUGAUCCACAGAGACGAGGCCUUUGAAGCCAUCCACACUCAGUACAUGAAAAUCAACACCAUGGCGACAGCCACCAACCCAGAGACAUAGUGACACCUUCACACAAACACUGGAACUGAUUCACUUUAUUCACCAGUGACAUCAUCAAACAGCUGUUGAUUUCAGUUUGCUUUCAUAUGAUUAAGGUUCCGUCUUCACUCAUCAAAACUGAUGAUGAAGUGAUUCUGUGGCAUUAUAUCUAUAUUAUGCCAGCUAAUACCAACAGAUCACUGACUUUACUUUAGAGUCAAACCAACACCAACCACUGUUCUACUUUAACUGAAAGUUCUCACAAAACUAACAACAUUAUGCCACUCCUGAGUGUCAAUCAGUUCUCACGGUAAUGGCUGGUAUUUCUGUAAGAAAUGGACAGAAUAUUUCUUUUUUCUUUUUCAACAAUGUUGACUUUAUGUGAAAGGCUUCAGUGGGCUACCAGCUUUUCUCGUACUACAAGAAGCCUGUUACUCCCACCUCACAAUACUCUUCUGCUUCAUGUGUCUCCUGUCUUUGCCUACCAUGUCCUUUUUCAGCCGUAGAGUCAUGGUCUUGGUCAAAGCCGCCGUAAAUUACUCCGUACGAUCAAGGCAGACUUCCGUCAGCUAAUAGGGCCUCUAGCUUCACAGCUAGCUGAGCUACUUGCUAAUUGGAGGUGCCUAGUUGCUACAUUAGUGAGCAGCAUUUAGCAGUCACCUUAAGAAUUCUCACUGUUCAUUUCAAAAUGACCCCUUUUAAGAAUGGCUUCUAAAUGGAGUCACAAAUAAUCACCUGCAUUUAAAAAUAAUGUCCAGGUGAAAACAUUGUGAAGUGUGAGGUUACCUCUUCUAUAAUGUCUCACUUGAUAAAUUCAGUUAAAUGUACAUACAUGUCAUACUCACCCCACUGCUUCUCUAACGCUUCUUCUUUAAGACGAACACUGUUGAGCGCAACACUUCCUGUACAGCUCCUUCACAUUAAACACUUUCCAAGGGCACAGUCCUUCUCUUACUUGAAAGGGUUAUACUUAGAAGCAUUUGUAUGGAAAUGGUUAAAGUCUUACACUUUAUCACUCUAAUAUAUAAUCAGUGUAAGGCCCAAUGUGAGUGUUUUGAAAUAAUUCCUCAAUUAACAGAAAAUUAACAACUCUGACAAUCGAUUAAUUGUUUAAGUGGCUGUAACUCCAAUCAUUCUCCAGAGUGAAGAUUUGCUUUUUUCCCCUGUUUUAUACAUCAUUGUAAACUGAAUGCCUUGAAUUUUGGACUGUUAGUAGGACAAAACAAGAUGCCACUGUGGACUCAUUUAAAGUUUGACGGACAUUUUUUUGUUUUUGUUUUUACUGUUUUCUGACUUUUGACUGUGACAGCUCUGUCUGAAGUGAAUAAGUUAAUUAAUAGACAAAAAUAUGAAGAAAAAAACAUGAAAGAACACAGAGGACACUUUUAUCAAACAAUAAAAGAACGUCUUCCUCUAGCGGCUGUUAGUGUUAGCAUCAGAAAGUACAUUUGCCUCUUUAGUCAAUGAUCACAGUAAAACUGAUCUUUAAAGAAAGGCCACAACUCGUGAUUAUUUUCAUUGUCAUUUUCUCACUUCAUCAUUUGGUCUCCAAAAAAGUCAGACUAUCAGUUAUGUUGUUUUCUCUGGUGAAAGGUUCAGAACCCCAACAUGUUUAGGAUGAUAUAAGACUGAGAUAAACUGCAAAUCUUUACUUUCAAUACAGCAGAGCACAGCGUCUUGUCCGUUCACCGCUGAUAUAUAUUAUACCGUAAUGUUUAAUACACAAUCACAAUACACUUUUCUGAACAUGUUCCACCUACAUCUGAAGAAAAAGGAUUUUUUAAAAUUGAAAUCAGAUGUUUUUACAGUGUUAUUAGCUAAUAAACCUAUUUAAACCUUAUUUGAAUACACAUUGGUGUCUUCAGGGAAUUGUAAAACCUUCAUUAUAUGACUCUGUAUUGUAGCAGCUAAGCCUUACAGUCCGUGACAGUAUGCUGUUUUUUUAUGUGGUGGUAAGAGACUGUUUGUAUCCUAUAUGAAUGUUAAAAACUCAUGUCUGUGCAGCAUUUAAUGUAGAACACAAAAUUAACUUUUUAAACUUUUUUUCUCAUUUUUAAUGCAAGCUAGCAAGCUUUCAUUUACAGUAACAUAAAAAAGCUUUUAAAAAAACAAAAGAAAAAAGCCAUGCACAAAAAUCAAAUUUUCCCAUUUUGUUUCAAAUUUAGCUUUCGUUUUGUCCUAGCUGAACGUUGUGAGCUCAAGUUAGACGACUAACUUUAGCUUUAUGUUUUUAUAAGUUAACUUUAAUUCCUUACAAUGGUAAAAAAGCUGGAAAAACUGGCAUGUUUUGUUUAGCGUUUGUUUACUUCAGCUCUUUACAGCUCAUAGGCUAAAUCUAAACAACAGAAAACAACACAAUGACUUAAAAUGUAAGUUUGUUUUUUUUAAAAUUACAGCUCUAUUAUCUUUUAGGUAUAACUUUUUUUCAUAGCUUGUAAACAAGGGUAAAAAGCGGAAAUGCUGGCAUUUAUUUGUUUACCUUUUGUUAAACUAUUUUCUGACCCUUGCUAAGAGGCUAAAGCUAAACAAGUAACAACAACAAAAGGAAAUGCUGUGUCUUCUUUUCAGUUUAGCCUCUCUUUUGCACUUUGUACAGAGCCUGUGGGUGUCAUACAAUUAAAACAACUCAUUUGUUGCUCUCAAAUUAACAGUUAGUGUUUUCAAAUUGCUAUCAGUCUGAUUCACGUGGGCUUGGACUCAGCUCUGAUUUUCAUUAGAUUUUGAAAUAGUGUUUCUGUUUGUGCUGAUCACCACUGGUCUGUAACUGUCAGUCUAAAGAUUGUCACACCAGCAUUUAUUACUUUAUUAAAUGAACUUAAUUUUAAUAAAAAUGUCAUCAUUUGACCUAAAACAAUUUGUCCAAAGUGGAGGAGUCUAUCCUUUAAGUGAGUAAAUGUAAAAUGAUAUUUUAUUCUUACCUGCACUAAAAACAUAAAGCAUAAAGGAAGCAGUUUUUUUCAAGUCUUGAUUAAAUCAUCUCACUAGUUUGAUCAGGCCUCACAAAGGUCUUUCGUUGCCAAAUCUUUUUUCUUAGGAAAUAAAAAAAAGUUUUUGCAAUUUUGAUGCCAGGUGUUAAUGCCACGUUGCCUCAUUCAGACUUCUUGUUUCAUGCUUGACUCCUAAUUAUUCUCAGUUUGUUUUUGUGGUUUCUGUCCUGUUUCUUUAGCACUGCAAAUAUACCUGUCCAUGUAUUAAGUCUUUUCAGAUUUAAUGGUUUUAUAAAAUCGUGUCAUUGUAAAAACUGGUGUAAUUUUUUUAACUGAAAGGAUUUCUGUUGUUAAAUGUGAUGUACAUUUUUUAUUUAAUUAAAAUCAAAUGUUAAACACUAA